AUGAGAUCACGGCAGCUGCAUAACGUUUCGGAGGAUCGAGAAACCCUGUCUCGACGCAAUAAGCGAUCAAAGACCUCACUCAAUGGCCACAUCCCAAUAGAUCUCCUUAUCGAGAUAUUCUUGAAGUUACCUGUGAAAUCCAUAGCAACAUGCCGUAGCGUAUCCAAGUUCUGGACUUACGUACUUGGCCGUCAAGAUUUCACAGAGUUGUUCUUGACAAAAUCUUCUUCUCGCCCGCAGCUCUUGUUCGCAUGCGCAAACGACAAUGGGUACUUCUUCUUCUCCUCAAAUCAGCCUCAGAAUCUUGAUGAGAACUCGUCUCCUAUAGCUGCUUAUCCUCUUACACAUGUCCCUAAAUCCCGUGACUUGGGUCCUCCAAUCAACGGCUUGGUCUCUCUUAGAGGUGAGCGGAUCUUAAAAGGAAGGAUAAGGCCAGUCGAUGUGUCGAUUAUAUAUAACCCUAGCACGGGAGAAUCCUUAACUUUACCCAAAACGAAUAUGACCAGGAAGAAGAUCUAUACGGUGACGAGCUUUUUGGGGUAUGAUCCGAUUGAGAAACAAUACAAAGUACUUUCCAUGAACAUGUCAUAUGAGAAACAUCCCAAGUGUGAGGGGUAUCAAGUUCUAACACUAGGAACUGGAAAGCUGUCAUGGAGAAUGAUCAAAUGUUGCUUAAACUACCAACAUCCUCUUAAAAAUAGUGAGAUAUGCAUCAAUGGUGUUUUGUAUUACCUAGCUAUGGUCAACGGCUCUUCAUGGCCUACUAGGGCAGUUGUUUGUUUUGAUAUUAGGUCUGAGAUGUUCAAUUUUAUGGAAGUCUAUAGAGAACUAUCUUAUACAACUACUCUGAUAAAUUACAAUAAUGGUAAAUUAGGUAUGCUGAUGGGACAAGAGGCUCACAAAACUAUCAGUGGAAUAUGUAGAAGUUUUGAGUUGUGGGUUCUCGAAGACACCGUAAAACAUGAAUGGUCGAAGCAUGUAUACUUAUUGCCUCCUUUGUGGAAGGAUGCAGUUGCAAAUACCAGGUUAUACUUUGCAGGAAUGAUUGGUACAAGUGAAAUUGUGUUGUUCCGCCCAGAUGAGCCUCUUUGCGUUUUCUACUACAAUAUCGAUAGAAACACGAUCAAAAGAGUUGGAAUCCGAGGAUUAGAAGCGUUUAAGUAUUUUCGCAUCUUUCUAAACCAUGUAGAGAACGUGAAGCUUUUUUAAGCAUUUAAGUACUUAAACUUGAGAUGCAAAAUUUGC